GGCUAAAAUUUUUCUGGGAGUAAGCUUACCCUUUUCCAAUUUCUAUAGGAAAUUAGGAAUAGAGUAUGAGCAGUGAGCUUGCCAGCAUUGACCAAACUUUAAAGCUAAAGAAUUGACCCCUGACUGACCCCAUGACAGAGGACCACAAAAUUAUGAUAGUACAAGCAUGUUCUAUCAUCCACCAAAUCAUAUUUUUAAGAUAGUAUUCUUUAAGAAAAAUUGAUCCGACUUUGAACAGGUCUACUGAGAAGUCUCCUUCUAUAGUGCUAUUGGAAGCAGAUUAGCAGAAAGAUGAAUUCCUGUUACUGAAGCUCUUGAGUGCUUAGAUGGAUUGCCAUUUGUUCAAUGCUGCCAAGGAUGGGAACGUUGAUAUUCUCGGGCGACAUAUUCAUCUGCUCCCAUUCAAAUUCACCCCGAACAUGAACACAGUGGCACACGUUGCAGCCCAGUUUGGCAGGAGCCAGUGCGUGGAAGAGAUCUUGAAGAUGUGCUCUUUGCUGCUGUGGCAGGUGAACGCUAAAGGCGAGACGUGUCUGCAUAUUGCAUCGAGAGAAGGGCACGCUUCUGUAGUUCGAGUGAUCAUUGAGAGCGCGAGAAGAUUUGGCAAGGACAUAGAGAGCAGCGUUGGGGCAGCCGAGGGGAUAAUCAGGAAGGAGAAUUGCCAAGGAGAUACUGCCUUGCACUUGGCGGUGAGAAACCGCAAAACUGAGGUUGUCGAGUUCCUGCUUAAGGAGGAUCCCGGUUUCCCCUAUUAUGGCAACAAGGCUAGAGAAGCUCCGCUUUACUUGGCUGCUGAGAGAGGAUACGACGAUCUGGCUGUCAUGAUUUUGCACGCCUGUGAUUCAGCCGCUUAUGGUGGUCCCAAGAAUAGAACGGCUCUCCACGCUUCAGUUAUCUGCCACAAUCAGCAUUUGACAGCAAAGAUACUGGAAUUGCAACCGCAUCUAACUAAGCUAGUUGAUGAAGAUUGGUGGAGUCCCCUUCACUUUGCAGCGCAUUUCGACCAUGCCAUGAUUGCGAGGAUGUUGCUCGAGCAUGAUUCGUCGAUAGCGUAUAUUAGGAACAGAGAGGGGAAGACCGCUCUUCAUAUUGCAGCGAGUCACGGGCACACGAACACGAUGUUGGAACUGAUUCUGCAAUGCCCCGAUUGCUACGAGGUGGUUGACUAUAGCGGGAGAAAUGUUCUUCACGUCGCUGUGGAGAGUAACCAAGCCAGUGCGGUAAAAGUGCUGCUCAGUAAUCCUUUGUUUAACAGCCUCAUUAACGAGAAAGAUGUCGAAGGAAACACGCCUCUUCAUCUGCUCGCCAUGCAUGGCUCGCACAUCCAGAAUCUUAUUUGUAAUCCCAGAGUGGAUAAAAGUGUUUAUAAUGCCGCAAAUUUAACCCCACUGGAUAUUGCAUCGUCUAGUCGUCACUUCACAACUUUGAAGAGUCUUAUUAAGAGAGAGCUGAAGCUUUUCGGUGCCACUCGUGGUCUACGGAAUGUGAUCAACAAAGACGACGGUGACAAAGAACAGAUGAGGAAAGAACAUUUAAAGAAACUAUGCGAAACGCAUUUGAUUGUGGCUGCGCUUAUUGCAACAGUAACUUUCACGGCCGGUUUCACCGUGCCAGGCGGUUUCAAUGGUAAUUCCGGGCCGGAAGAAGGCCUCCCGGUGCUAAUGAAAAAGAUGGCGUUUAAAGCGUUCUUCAUAUCAGACACGGUGUCCCUUGUGCUAUCAACCUCCGCAGUUUUCAUGUACUUCAUCACCGCGCUUUAUGCAGACCAGACUAAACUCUUUAACCGCCUCGCCUGGGCAUUUUGCUUCACCAUAGUUGCCAUAGGAGCAAUGGUUAUCGCCUUUGUUACUGGCACAUACGCAGUACUGCCUAACACUUCCGGGCUUGCAAUUUCGUCGUGUGUAGUUGGUUGCUGCUUCUUCCUCGUGUAUUUUCUUCUGUUGAAGAAGCUGCAUUUCGACAAGAUCGCCAAGAAAACUCGUUUGUGUGGUCAUGCAUAUGGAAGAACUCACAACUCGGUUGCCGUAUGAAACCAUUCCCUCCGGCAUUCCAAGGUAACCAAACCGAAUAAUGUCUGGACUUGGUUCGAAGGCUAAACCAAGAAUUCGGUUUGGGUUCGUGCAAAAACUAGAGAAAAACCUCUAGGGCAUCAGUUUGGGCUAAUGUUUGUUCAAUUGUAGAAUAUAAUGAUGUUCUUUGAAA